AUGGCCCUAAUGGCGGCGGCGGCGGCCUUGGCCGCAGCCGACUCCCCUCCCGCGAUGCCGCAGGCGGCAGGGGCUGGAGGGCCCACAGCCCGCCGAGACUUCUACUGGCUGCGCUCCUUUCUGGCCGGAGGUAUUGCUGGAUGCUGUGCCAAAACAACAGUUGCUCCUUUGGAUCGAGUAAAGGUUUUAUUACAAGCUCAUAAUCACCAUUACAAACAUUUAGGAGUGUUUUCCACAUUGCGUGCUGUUCCCCGAAAGGAAGGAUUCCUUGGAUUGUAUAAAGGAAAUGGUGCAAUGAUGAUUAGAAUUUUUCCCUAUGGCGCAAUCCAGUUUAUGGCGUUUGAGCAUUAUAAAAUGUUAAUCACUACAAAGCUAGGAGUUUCUGGUCAUGUACACAGAUUAAUGGCUGGAUCUAUGGCAGGUAUGACGGCAGUUGUCUGUACUUACCCUCUUGACAUGGUUAGAGUUCGCCUGGCAUUCCAGGUCAAAGGGGAACACACUUAUACAGGAAUUAUUCAUGCAUUCAAAACAAUUUAUGCAAAGGAAGGUGGAGUCCUUGGAUUUUAUAGAGGCCUGAUGCCUACUAUAUUAGGAAUGGCUCCAUAUGCAGGUGUUUCAUUUUUUACUUUUGGUACCUUAAAGAGUGUUGGGCUUUCCCAUGCUCCUACCCUUCUUGGCAGACCUUCAUCAGACAAUCCUAAUGUCUUAGUUUUGAAAACUCACAUUAACUUACUUUGUGGUGGUGUUGCUGGAGCAAUAGCACAGACAAUAUCCUACCCAUUUGAUGUAACUCGUCGGCGAAUGCAAUUAGGAACUGUUCUGCCAGAAUUUGAAAAGUGCCUUACCAUGCGGGAGACAAUGAAGUAUGUCUAUGGACACCAUGGAAUUCGAAAAGGAUUAUAUCGUGGUUUAUCACUUAAUUACAUUCGCUGCAUUCCCUCUCAAGCCGUGGCUUUUACAACAUAUGAACUUAUGAAGCAAUUUUUUCACCUAAACUGAAGAAAAAAUUCCUGUUUUUUUUCCUUACUAAACUAUCAGAGGGAGAAAUAAAAUGUUAUUUUAUUACUUGAAAGGGGACAUUCACCCUGUCACAGGAACCACUGGUAUUUUAGUAUUUGAUUUUUUUUUUUUUAGGUCAUAAAUCAAAAGUGUUUACUAUCCUUUUUUUGAUGCCAAAAGUUGUACUUUGGAACAUUGAAAAAAAAUUCCUAAGCUGAUGCUGGCUAAUCAGUUAGGUUAUUUGAAGCCAUUUUAAAGCGUAUUUGGAAGUAGAACUAACUUCAAAACGGGUCUCAAGAGGUUGCCAUUAGCUUUAUCAUGCUGUUCCAAGCUUUUAAUUGUAAUCAUGAUUUUCAAAAGGCUCCAAUAGCGUUUAUUAUUAAAAUAAACAGGCUUGAUUAUAUUGGGGCAGAAAGAUGAGAACAGAAUUCCUUUAAUUCUAUAAAACAUAACCUAUAAGCCAGUGCUGAAGUAUUAUUCUUAUUCUCUUCUCAUAAAGCUACUCCACUGGAUAAAAAGGAUAAGCAUAUUUUUUUUUUCAUUUUUCAACAAAAUAAAUGUGUUUAAAAAGUAGCCAUGUAGAGACUCAACAGUAAAUGAAAAAUUUUCACGUUUUAUUCAAAUGUUAUUACCAUAUACUAUGGGAGAUUUACAUGGUUUUAAAAAGUCAGUGUAUUUCCCAAAGGCAGUAAUAAUAAAUACUGAAUAGUUUUGUUCUUACAAACAGAAUAGCAUUAUAGAUUUGUUUUUGUUAGAUGGUUUGGUGUAUACUAGAAAAUUUAUUUAAGUGGGCUAUGAAAUAGCCAUUAAUGUAAAUGUGAGUGUCAAGAAUGUUACUAAGAUUUUAUGUCAUGAUACAUAAAUUGGUUCUUCCAUGUAAAAUAGUUUUAGUGCAAUAUAAACAAGUAGAGAUGUAAAAUACGAUUUGAAUUGUUAUUUAUAUUAAGAAAAUGGUUUAAAAUGUAAGAACUCCAUUAUUGUUUUUAGAGCACUUAUGUUUUUUUUAUAAGCAUGUCACAUACGGAAGGGAAACAAUAAUAGUUCUAACUGCAGAAAUAGUGAUUUGUAAAAUUGAUGUGAUUUUUAAGGCACUAGAAAACUAAUUGAAAGUGUUAUUUCUGCUUCAAUUUUUAUUUUUGCAUAAAGUAUUUCUUGUCAUAUCUUGGUAAAAAUUUGAUGAACUGGUUUCAUUUUCAAAGACUUUAUUUUAAAAUAAAUAUGUAUCUUUGUAUGAUGUAUAAGUGUACCAGCAGGUGGAAAUACAUGUGUUCCUAAAACUGUUUUGUAAAUUUUCAUUUCUGAGCUACACUGUAGCUAAAAUAUUGUUAUCAAGUCUCAAGAUAAUUUAAAUGUAUAAAAUAAGUAACUCAGUCAUGUUAUCAAGGAAAGGGGACUGCGAAUAUUUUUUUAAAUAAAAAUUUGCAUUCUAUGUGUAUAAUAGACUACAUAGGACAAUUAAAAAUAAAUUUUAUCCGUGUUUCAA